UAUACACAUUCUAUAUCAUCAGGCUGGGAGGCGUGUGCCUGAGACCAGGCUGCUGUGUCCUUGAGAAUCAGACCACCAGAAAUCUGGACACCUGUGCCUUCAGACCAGACCUGUGGGAAUGGGGUGAUGCGGAGCACAUCCCUCAGACACCGGGAGCAGCUGAGAGAGAAGGCUUCAGAGAAAGGGACCCACGGAGACCGUUGGCCACACCUGAAUUGGGCAGACCAACCUGGAUCUUGCCUUUCUGGAGAAUGCAGCUUCAAGGACCUGUCUUUGUAGGUGUGCCCCUCCUGGGGCCCAUCCUGAUUUGUAUGCUCAUUCAUCAGCCAUCCAGUCGGUGUGAGGAUGAGAGGAAGUUACCCUGGUGCCCACCUCACAAGGUCAUAUUGCUUGUGUGGGUGACCAUCUACUCUGUCAUGGGCUAUGCCUCCUACCUGGUAUGGAAGGACCUCGGAGGGGGCUUCCGGUGGCCCCUAGCACUGCCCCUUGGCUUGUACUCUUUCCAGCUGGCCCUCAGCUGGACUUUCUUGGUGCUCUUCCUGGCAGCCGACAGCCCUGGGCUGGCCCUCCUGGACCUCUUACUGCUCUAUGGACUUGUAGCAAGCCUGGUGUUUAUCUGGCAGCCAAUCAACAAGCUGGCUGCUCUGCUCCUGCUGCCCUACCUGGCCUGGCUCACUGUGACCACCGCCAUCACCUACCGCCUGUGGAGGGACAGCUUAUGUCCAACGUACCGGCCUUAGACAUCCGAGGAGAACAAACUGAGACACCGGGAUGCAGAAGGAGGGAGGAUGGCAAGAAGCUGGAGUAGCUGGGGAGCUAGGGACACUUGAUGUGGCCGCUCUCCUGCAUCUUCCUGUUGUCCUUUCUCCUUAGACAUAGAAAAGAAGGGGUGCUUUCUGCUGUAUAAUAAAGUCCUGCUGUUGACCUUG